AAAAAGAACAGACCUUCUCCACAGCGAUACAACUGACCACGAAGGAGAAACAGUCCUGAACUCUCCUGAGAACAGCCAACAGAGACACAUCGACUGAUGAGGCCGAGCUGAAGGCUCUCUGCUCCAAACAAGCUACUGAAGACUAGUCUGCUCCUCUUGUCUUUUCUUUCUCAGUCUAUUAGCUCGCUCUCCCUCCAGACUCCCCCGCCAUGCCUCCUCAGCUUCAGUCCCAGAACCAGAACGGUCCCAGAAUCCUGCAGGGCGAUAUCAGCGCCCUCAGUCCGGCCGUCAAGGAGUUUGUGGAUGCCAAUGUGAUCCUGUGUCAACCCGACUCCCUGCACAUCUGCGAUGGCUCCGAAGAGGAGAACCGCGCCAUCCUGACCCAGCUGGAGGAGCAAGGGAUGAUAAAGAAGCUCAAAAAAUAUGAGAACUGCUGGUUGGCCAGGACCGACCCGAGGGACGUGGCUCGAGUGGAGAGUAAGACUGUGAUUGUGACCCGGGACCAGAGAGACACUGUGCCCAUGCCACUGGAAGGUGGAGUCAGCCAGCUGGGCCGCUGGAUGUCCCCGGAAGAGUUUGACAAAGCCAUGGCUCAGCGGUUCCCCGGCUGCAUGAAAGGUCGUACCAUGUAUGUGAUUCCCUUCAGCAUGGGUCCAGUAGGUUCCCCACUCUCUAAGAUUGGAGUGGAGCUGACAGACUCUCCCUAUGUGGUGGCCAGUAUGAGGGUGAUGACCCGUAUGGGGAAGGCCGUGCUGUCCGCUCUGGGGACAGGCGAGUUCGUCCGCUGUCUGCACUCAGUCGGCUGUCCUCUGCCCCUCAAAAAGCCCUUGGUGAACAACUGGCCCUGUAACCCUGAGCAGACGUUAAUUGCCCACAUCCCGGACCGCAGGCAGAUCGUCUCGUUCGGAAGUGGUUAUGGAGGAAAUUCCCUGCUGGGGAAGAAGUGCUUUGCUCUGCGCAUUGCGUCGCGUAUCGCCAAGGAGGAGGGAUGGCUGGCAGAGCACAUGCUGAUCCUUGGAGUCACCAACCCUGCUGGGGAGAAGAAGUACAUGGCGGCAGCUUUCCCCAGCGCCUGCGGGAAGACAAAUCUGGCCAUGCUCUGCCCCACAAUGCCCGGCUGGAAGGUUGAGUGUGUGGGAGACGACAUCGCCUGGAUGAAGUUUGACAACCAAGGCAACCUACGUGCCAUCAACCCAGAGAACGGCUUUUUUGGAGUCGCGCCCGGCACCUCGGCCAAAACCAACCCCAACGCCAUGGAGACCAUCGUCAAGAACACCGUUUUCACCAAUGUUGCAGAGACCAGCGAUGGCGGCGUGUACUGGGAGGGAAUGGACCAGUCACUGCCCGAGGGAGUCACCAUCACUUCCUGGAAGAACAAGCCCUGGAGCAAAGAAGAUGGCGAACCCUGCGCUCACCCCAACUCUCGCUUCUGCACUCCGGCCGGUCAGUGUCCCAUCAUCGACCCACUGUGGGAAUCCCCGGAGGGAGUCCCCAUUGAAGCCAUCAUCUUUGGAGGGCGCAGGCCAGAAGGUGUCCCUCUGGUAUACGAGGCUUUUAGCUGGCAACACGGAGUGUUUGUUGGAGCAGCUAUGAGGUCAGAGGCCACCGCUGCAGCUGAAUACAAAGGCAAGAUGAUCAUGCACGACCCCUUCGCCAUGCGUCCCUUCUUCGGCUACAACUUUGGACAGUACCUCUCUCACUGGCUAAGCAUGGCCGACCGCCCCGGCGCCAAGCUCCCCAAGAUCUUUCAUGUCAACUGGUUCCGCAAGAGCCCCACUGCUGGAUUCCUCUGGCCUGGUUUCGGUGACAACAUCCGCGUGCUGGACUGGAUGUUCAGGCGGGUGAAUGGCGAGGCCGGCGCCAUGCCCUCUGCCGUGGGCUACCUGCCCUGCUCCGAGUCCCUGAACCUCCAGGGCCUGCAGGGCGACGUGGACCUCAAUGAGCUGUUCUCCCUCGACCAGGAGUUCUGGCAGAGGGAGGUGGAGGAUGUGAGGAAGUACUUCACCACGCAGGUGAACGACGACCUGCCCAAUGAGGUGGCCCGGCAGCUGGAGCUCCUGCAGCAGAGAGUGAAUCAGAUGUAAAGAGGAGGAAAAGAAAAGGAAAAGCGUGUUAGCUAAUCUGAAAGAUGUUGCCGGUAAUUCUAGAAAAGCUUGUCUGUGAUUCUAGCACUGAAUUUUAGUAAUUCUGUAACAGCAUGUUGGACAUGUGACCAAUUUUCUUGUCACUGUUGUACUGAGGAACUUCCACUCUCUGAGGUGGGACAACUUUCUGAAAGAGGAAUAAUUCUCCUCUGAUCUGAUUUUUCUGCUAUUCGGUUAUGAUUCUGCUUGAUUUUUUGUUAGCUAGAAAUCUUCUUUUUUUCAGAUUAUUGUCCUGAAAAUGCUUCAGUUAAUAUCCAGCUGAAAUGAAUGACAUGAACUUGUACGAAUGGUAGCGUUAACCAACAUUCCUCACCAUAAAUAUGACAGCUAGAUGCUGCCAGUAAAGACUGCUGAUUAGAAUAGGAAAUGUUUCCUUUCCAUCCAUUCACAUGCUGUCGUAGCAGAUCUAUGUUUUGAACUGUUAUUCCAAUGUACGAAUUUUCCUAUUUAAUAAUAACUUAUUAUGAACGCACAUCAUAUCGUCAUUGCCAUAUAGAUUUGUGUGGCACAGAAAGAGUAAAUGAGUCCAGGUUAGCUGAGCUCCAGUAUUGUUUGACCCCCUGAACAUGGGGGAAAUGUAUGUUUUCUGUUCCUAUUGUUAUUAUUUGCCUUAAUUUAUUUUUGUACACUGGUAUCUCUUGGUUAUUCUUUGUUGGAAUCUUGAGCCCCACGAGGGGAGACACAACAAUAAAGUUAUUUAAACUUA